GGAAACAUCUCCCCUAUUUUGUUUUCGUGGCCUGCGGUGCUUUCGUUCUCCCUCGCGUGCUUCGUUAUCGACAGACAGGGAGACAUUCGGGGAAUCAAGGGGCCUGAUUGUUUGUCAUUCCCUCAUCCGUGGGUACUUACGGUGAUCUGAUUUACUUCGACGCUCGACUGCCUUGGGAUUGCGACGGUGAAUUCGGCAAUUGCGUGUUGCCCGGACGCUUAACUGUUCAUGUCACUUUGGGAGCAUUCGAUUUGUGUGGAGAGCGCGAGGGAGCCGGGGAGCGAUGACACCGGUUUGAGGGGAGGGCAGAAAGGGCUAAGUGGUUGGGUGGCCGGUUGCACGAAGAAAUUGCCGAUUUCGCAGUGUCUCUUUGUGUAAUGUGGACUGCUAUUUACACCGGGUAGAUAAAAUUCAGUCCUAUUGUCCCUCUGUCCCUGUCUCUCUCGGGUUCUGAGCCACUAGGGUGUCUGGCACUUUUUCCAAGAGUUCGUGACGGUUUCUCGUCGCUGCGUCUGUUGCCGAUGCAAUUGGGAUAAUAGCCGGACGUCUAAAUUACCUCCGAAGAUUGAUGCCUCGAUGAUGCGGGGAGGGAGUUGAGUUGCGUUGAGUCGAAGACGAGAAUUGUCCCUUGCACUCGCGGUUCAAUUUGCCAGAAUGGCGCUGGUCCGAUGGAGAAAGUUGCAAGCUGCCUUGAGCGCGGCAGCUGGGAAUUGCGCAAGACGUGGUGGAAGUGGACUUUCAUCGUCUAGGCUCAGCGCACGAACCCUAAUGCCCUCCUUUCCUUCCUCUUUCUCUAGUCCAGUGGCUCCCACCUCUUCUCAUUCAUCAAUUGUACAUAAUUCGAAUGGUUUCCAUACCCUGCCCAUGAUGUUUCAAAAGCAUAAUGACUCCAAUUCUUCUUCCUGGGAGCAAGGCAAGUCAGGCCAGGCACGAACUGCAGGCGUGAAGAAGAUGCAAACUGUGACUUUACAAGAUGGGAAAAGAGAAGAAAGAGGUCUAUCCGUCGCACCUGUUGCAACUGUUACGAAUCAAGAUCAAGGUGGUUCUGGCGGGGGUGGUGCUUUUGGAACAAGAGAGAAUUGGGCAGGAAAUGGAAGCACCAAAGAGCUUCCCACACCCAAAGAAAUUUGUGCCGCCCUGGACAAGUUUGUCGUUGGGCAAGAGCGAGCGAAAAAAAUCCUAGCGGUUGCUGUGUACAACCAUUACAAGCGCAUUUUUUUCGAAUCCAUGCGUAAAGCCAACUUCAAGCCUUCAAAUUCCGAAGGACUCAGUAGUUCGACGGGAGGUCUUUACGAUGAAGACUCCGAGGAAAGUGACGGUGUUGAACUCGAAAAAAGCAACGUUCUAUUGAUGGGACCUACAGGAUCAGGAAAGACGCUUCUUGCGAAAACGCUGGCCAGAUUUGUCAAUGUUCCUUUUGUGAUUGCGGAUGCCACCACCCUCACUCAGGCUGGAUAUGUUGGAGAAGAUGUGGAGUCUAUACUUUACAAGCUGCUUAUGGCUGCUGAGUUCAAUGUUCCAGCAGCACAACAGGGUAUUGUAUAUAUAGAUGAGGUGGACAAGAUCACAAAGAAGGCCGAAAGUUUAAACAUAAGCAGGGAUGUUUCGGGAGAAGGUGUUCAACAAGCACUUUUGAAGAUGUUGGAAGGAACUGUUGUAAAUGUACCAGAGAAAGGAGCUCGCAAGCAUCCUAGAGGUGAUCAUAUUCAGGUGGACACCAAAGAUAUUCUUUUCAUUUGUGGAGGAGCAUUUGUGGAGUUAGAGAAGACUAUAGCGGAGAGGAGGCAAGAUUCAUCCAUAGGUUUUGGGGCGCCAGUUCGUGCUAGUAUGAGAGGCAACAGGCCAACUGAUGCUGCGCUGACGUCAUCCCUGCUGGAAACGGUGGAGAGCAGUGAUCUUAUUGCUUAUGGGCUGAUUCCUGAAUUUAUUGGUCGGUUUCCAGUUCUUGUUAGUCUUGCGGCUCUGAACGAGGACCAGCUUGUGCAGGUUCUAACAGAGCCAAGGAAUGCUCUCGGCAAGCAGUACAAGAAAAUGUUUUCAAUGAACAAUGUAAAGCUUCACUAUACUGACGGAGCACUUCGUCAGAUAGCCCAAAAGGCUAUGGUGAAGAAUACAGGUGCACGAGGAUUGCGCUCUAUUAUGGAAAAUCUUCUUACUGAAGCGAUGUAUCAGGUCCCAGAUGUAACGACAACUCAAGAAAAGAUAGACGCAGUGGUUCUUGAUGAGGAUGCGGUGGGUCCACCGGACAAGCAAGGACCUGGUGCCAAAAUUCUGCGUGGAGAGGGUGCUUUGGAGCAAUUCCUGUCAAAGUCAAAGAAACAGAAGGAGCCGCAGGUAAUUGAAGUCAUGGAACUGCUUGGAGUUGGCUCAGCAUGAGACUAAAACCGCCAGAUCUUAUCUAAAUUUCGUGUUAUCGGCACUUCUGAGGGCGGUAAACGGCCUUUUGUAAGUCUGCCGAUUCUACACGGCAGAAGCAGCCGAGUUUGUGACGAUAUGUAUUGAAGCCACAUUACGUGGAGUGAAUGAAUUGCCUGGUGAAUUAUAUGGAUCUUGCCGGCGUCGGAUGGCAGUUACCAGCUGUGGUAGUGUGAAAGGAUUUAAUAUUGUAUAUACCGAGGUCAAAACCGAGUUUGUGAUGUGUGAAGCUGGAUUGUUUUUCUCGUUGAACAAAAGCAGCCAAUAUGCUACCUUUUAUUACUUGAGGUAUUGCACCUUGAGACUGGCUCAGGGAAGCUUGGGGAAGAUGAAGAAUUGGAUAAUGAUCCCGAUGUCUCGGCAAGGGCUGUGAAUUUGUAAAUUGACCUUUUGUACAGAUCGGCGUGGAGGUUAGUCACUAUCAGGAGAACUUUCAUAUGUCGUCUCGAGUUGAGCUCUAGAAGGAUGUUCAAGGAGUAACUUCAAUUGAGUCCAAGGCGAGGAAGGUAGGUCUUGUGGCAGAUUGGCCGGUGCUUCGGAGCAUAGUGUCUUUUAGUUGCACGAACUUGGCUGGCCUUAUUUAGAUGAAAAUCAGAGUAGCAUUGUCUUGCAGGUUCCUCGAAUCCGGUAUCCUUAACAGUUGGGUACGAAUUGAGGAACAUUGAAGUAGUUCUUCACAUGUGUGAAGAAUAUGUAAAGUUAUAUGUUUAACCCAGCGAUCUAGGUCUAGGAAUCAUUCAAUCCUUGAGGAUGUGUAUCGUCAUGAAACAUUGGCAAAAUUGUAAUACAUCUCACAAACACGGGAUCAAGAGAAGCUUUGUUGUAAUUAGUGGCGGAGGAAAAGCUGGAUCGUGAGGUGCGGAGUUUGACAGUGACAUGUCAAUAGCUCAGUAUCUGUGGGCCGCAUCAAAACUUGGUUAUGUUGCCGAUAUCACGUCCUUCAAAGUUUCGUAUUAUAUGUGAAUUUCGCCUUGGAAUAUCCUGUCGGAAAAUUCUCCUGGUCUUUUUCCAAACA